AUGCCUGGAACAGUCAAAGUACGAGUGCUAUCAGCCAGAAAUUUACCAGUUAUGGAUCGAGCUACAUUUCUUACAGACGCAUUUGUUGAGUUAUGUAUUGGAAACAUUACGUACAAAACAGAUGUAGUUCGUCGAUCUCUCAAUCCUUCUUGGAAUAGUGAAUGGUUCUGUUUUGAGUUAGAUGACCAGGCUUUACAGGAGGAGGCGUUACUACUCAAGUUUGUCCUUAUUACAUGUUUAAUUAUAAUAUUCAGAGUUAUGGAUCAUGACACGUAUAGCGCGCAUGACACAAUCGGAAGAGUAUACUUCGAUCUAAAUCCCUUACUGAGUCGGGGACAAACAAGAUGCUUAAAUGGUUGGUUUCCAAUAUAUGACACUAUGCACGGAAUCCGCGGAGAAAUAUGCUUGGCAAUUCGGGUGGAUGUAUUUCUUGAUGCUAGUCGAUACCAUCAGUCAUCCCUUGGAGUACGCUUUUAUCACUGUUGUACUAUACCACAAGGAUUUGUAAUUGAUUCACUGAUUGGUUUUAUUCAAGAACUUGUCAUGAAUGAUGAUCCAGAACAUCAGUGGAUUGAGAAAAUACGCACAUCACGUGCAUCGAAUGAAGCUAGACAACGUUUAUUCAGUCGACUUAGUGGUGAAUUGCAACGAAAAAUGGGCUUGAAAGUUUUAAACUUGGGUGGAAAUUCUUUAAUUGGAUAUCAAUUACAUUUUGACUUAGAAGGUGAAACAGGUGUAGUUGUACGUGGCAUUGGAACAGCUGUUCGUUUAAAAAAAUAUAAUCCAGUAACUACACCUCCAAAUACUCCAUUAAGAAUGUCAAAAAACUUUUCACACAAUUGGGAAUCACCUAAUACAACAUACAAAGAAAGUGGUGUACAUAACUUUCAAUCCCAUGUACCACAAGGUUUAGAACUUGGCGUAAGUAUUGUGUAA